AUGGCCAGCGACUGUAGUCUGGCAUCGGCUACCGCCAAACUCGACUUCCCCAGAGAUGGAGCCCUCUGUACCACCUUUUGGCCCGGAGUCCCAGCUUCUACCGGCGCCCAACGUUGGGCGCACCUGCUCGAUGACGACGACGAUCCCCGACGAGCACACAUCCGCCGCGCCGCGCUCGGCUUCCUUCGAUCGUACUACUACAUCAUCCAAUACGAAUCCGACCUCCGUAUCGCCCAGGAUCCCAGCCUGUGCCUCGUUCCAGCCGCUUUCAAUUGGGAGCAGUUCUGCGCUUUUACCUCGAACCUGGCCAAUAUACCGGAUGACCAAGUCUCCCCCAGCGCUGACCUCAAUUCAAGUAUCAAGUCAAGUAUAUCAAGUAAGUCAAGUAAGUUGACCGCCCAAUAUAUUUCAAGUAAGUUGAGACCAGGCGGUCACAACCGGCAGAACCAUGACGUACCCACUUUUUCACCUGACACAGAUCCCGAACUCACCCCGUAUAAAUGGAUAGCCUCACCAGCUAUCAACACACUUGGUUACAUUGAAUCUACUAUUCUACCAUUACCAGACCGUGACCUACAUUGUUCACUACGACGUCCUGAUCCACUCGAUCAUACACCUCACGCCUCGGACCUACCCUAUACCCCUAGGUUAGACCCGACCGUCACAAGAUGUAUUGCACCUAACUUUAGAACCUAA